GACACCGUAAUUUUGUCCUCAGACGAAACAGAAUUUUAUAUCAAAAGAGAAUACCUCACAGCUGCUUCACCGUUCUUUGCGGGGCUUUUUCCCCCGCAAAAUACUCCAGUAGAAACGCGAAAUGGGCUCCCAGUAGCUCCCUUGCCCCAUGAUGGUCGAUCGCUUAGAAGUCUUUUAUAUUUUUCUUAUCCGAUUGCCUUGCCAACAAUGGAGAUCGGGGACUUUGACGUAGCGUUUCAACUCGCCCACCAGUACUGUAUGGACGGCAUUCAGGAGCGCAUCAAAAAUGUUCUCUUGAACUCGGCCCUUCUUUCUCAAAAGCCGCUCGCUGUGUUUGCCAUUGCUACAUCCAAUAAGUGGCAGGCAAUUGUCAUCCGGGCUGCGCGUUUUACGCUGCAGCACCCGUUGAAAUUCACGGAGGAACCCAUUGAAGAACUGCACCGUGUUACUGGCACGGAUUAUCAUAACCUCUUGUCUUAC